AGUCUCGUUCUCAUACGACAGGUCCCUAAGCAUAUCCGCCACCCUGUGGGAGUUUUGUGAUGCUCUCACGGGAUUAAUACUUGGGUAAAGUCUAAUUUAAAGGGCGGGUACAGAAUUGGUUUCACCAAUAACACAGUUGCUGGCAGUGUAAGCCAGCGCAGCAGACAAAUUUACACCCGUCCAAUUUGUAAACAAACAACAUGGCGUCUCUGAAAACAACACUAGUUGGACGUCGACUCUGGAAUUUUGCAAAUUUUCGUCUGCUAUGGCAUCGCACCUCGCUGAAAAACUACUGGAAAGUGGGCAGCUGUGCCACUAUAAGACAUCGGGGAUUUUCCAGUGUAUCGGAUGAGCAUCCUAUCAGUCGUUACCCAACUCCAGAGCUAAAAGACCUUCCUGAAGAUAUGCAGGACCAGAUCAGUGAAGUUGCAGAAAAGUCUGGUUUCGUCCCUAACGUCUUCAAAGCCCUGUCACACAGACCUGCAGAGUUCCGUGCCUUCUUUGCCUACUACGAUGCCCUCAUGGGAAAGGAAACGGGAUCCCUCACAAAAGCCGACAAGGAAAUGAUCGUCGUGGCAACAAGCUCGAGCAACAACUGUCUGUAUUGCGUCAUAUCUCACUCCGCUUUAUUCAGGAUCUACUCCAAGAAUCCAAUUCUUGCUGACCAGGUUGCCGUUAACUGGGAAUGCGCCGAGCUAGAUCCCAGGCAACAUGCCAUCCUGGAGUUUGCCAUGACAGUCUGCAAGUCAGAGACGAUCACCGAGGAUCACUUAAAGAAGCUUGAGAAACAUGGACUGGACCGUGAGGAUGCCUGGGACAUUGCUGCUAUUGCUGCAUUCUUUGCGUUAUCUAAUCGUAUGGCCCACCUGACCGAUAUGAGACCAAACAAAGAGUUCUAUCUGAUGGGAAGAGUGCCCAAGGCAAAGUAAAAGUGAUCAAUGUAGCAUAAAAAUUUUACCUCUGAAAUAUCAAUGUACCAUUCAAUAUUUUUUAAAGGGGAUGUGUACUAAAGGCACUGGCCAUGUUUGAUAAAUACACAUAUAUUAGCAUG